AAUUCUUUUGACUGCGUAACGCUAACUUUCUUUCUACUUCCGGUUGAAAGACACGAUGACUCUCUUUCACUUCGGAAACUGUGUAGCUUUGGCAUAUGUCCCAUACGCAAUCGUUUACAAAUGCUCCGGAUUGGCAGAGUACAGUGCUUUUUGGAAAUGUGUACAAGCCGGAGCAGCCUAUCUAUUCACACAGCUGUGUAAAAUGCUGGUGUUAGCCACAUUUUUCCCAUCAACAGAAUUUUCUACUGGAGGAGUUGAUGUACUUGGGGAAUUUCUGAAGUGCACUGUAGAUUUGGCAGACCUUGUUGGCAUUCACCUGGUGAUGUCAAAAAUAGCUGGUAAAGGGCAGCUGAAGUUUAUGGUGGCAGGGCUGGGAUGGGCAACAGCAGAAUUACUCAUGACCAGGUUCAUUCCCCUGUGGGUUGGAGCAAGAGGUGUUGAAUUCGACUGGAAAUACGUCCAAAUGUGCUUUGAAUCCAACAUCAAUUUGGUACAUCACAUCACAACAGCCAUGUUGGUAUGGUUACGUAGCAGACACGACCUUCAGAAGUCCUUCAUACCGAUUGUUAUGACCUUGCUGGCCCUCAGCUGUUACAGACCUCUCAUUGUGGAGAUUCUGAUCCACGCGCUGGGACUGGGGUCGUGGACCCUCCUGACUGCCAAGGCUCUGUUCACCACUACCGUCAGUGUGGUGGGCCUCCAGAUAUUCCUGGGACUCUCUGUACAAACCGCCAACAACCACUACUGAUGAACAGCGGCAGCUGCUGAAUGGAUCCGAGGAGGGAAGCGUCAUAGGGGUGAUUGAGUUUGUCAUUACAAUGAUGGGAGAGCUAUCGGGAACAAACAGAAGAUGUGAAAGAGUUUUAGUAAUGGUUGAUUAGUGGACGGUUUAAGUACUGUGCAAUAGUGUAUAUUUUAUUGUGUGUGUGUUUGAAGGAUGUGUUGUUUCUCAAAGAAAAAUUUAUGUACUUUCACUUCAUAUUCACGACAUAGUCACUUAUGUUUGAUAAAAAAGGAUGUAAGCCUCAUGAAAUGUUAAGAUCAUUUACCAUGUUUACAGUCAUUAUAUUUCUAUUUCACUGUAACAUUAUAUAUUUAUAUAAGAAUAUUACUUAAAGCGAAUAUGAAGAACAGUGAUUUGUACAUUGAUGAACACAGUAAAUUUGAAAAGAAUA